GAAGCAAUUUCCACUCCUGAGCAAGUGCGGUAGAACCGCCUACCUGCUCAAGUGUCCGCCUUGCCCUUCCCCACCCAGCCCAGCUAGACCCAGUCUCCCCGGAGAAGGAGCCCUCUCUCUCUCUCGGCAGCUGGACACAAGGAGCUACCUUUGACACCAGUGGGUGAGGCGCCGGGAGCACCGCACUGUGGACCAGGCCAAAGCCCAUCUUGACCAUGGUCCCUGCCUGGCUUUGGCUGCUUUGCUUGUCUGUCCCCCAGGCUUUCCCUGAGGCCCAGGAUGCAGAGCUAUCUGUGGAAGUCCCUGAGAAUUAUCGUGGAAAUUUCCCUUUGUACCUGCUCAAGCUGCCACUGCCCCAUGAGAAGGCUGAAGGCCAGAUCGUGCUGUCAGGGGACACAGGCAUGGCAGCUGAGGGCCCCUUUGCUGUGGAUCCAGACUCUGGUUUCCUAGUGGUAACCAGUGCCCUGGACCGGGAGGAACAGGCGGAAUACAAGCUACAGGUCACCCUGGAGACUGGAGAUGGAUAUGUCUUGUGGGGUCCACAGCUUGUGAUUGUGCAUGUGAAGGAUGAGAAUGAUCAUGUGCCCCAAUUUUCUCAGGCCAUCUUCACAGCUCAGCUCAGCCAGGGCACCAGGCCUGGCAUCCCCUUCCUCUUCCUUGAGGCUUCGGAUGGGGAUGCUCCAGGCACAGCCAACUCAGAUCUUCGAUUCCACAUCCUGAGCCAGAGCCCAGCCCAACCUUCAUCGGACAUGUUCCAGCUAGAGCCUCGGCUGGGGGCUCUGGCCCUCAGCCUUGAGGGGAGCACCAGUCUCGACCAUGCCCUGGAGGGGCCCUAUCAACUAUUGGUACAGGUCAAGGACAUGGGCGACCAUGCUUCAGGCCACCAGGCCACAGCCACCAUUGAGGUCUCCAUAGUACAGAAUACCUGGGUGCCCCUAGAGCCUAUCCACCUGGCAGAGAAUCUCAAAGUCCCAUAUCCACACCCCAUUGCCCAGGUACACUGGAGUGGGGGGAACGUGCACUAUCACUUGGAGAGCCAACCCCCUGGACCCUUUGAUGUGGAUGCAGAAGGGAAACUCUAUGUGACCAUGGAGCUGGACCGAGAGGCCCAGGCUGAGUACCUGCUCCAGGUGCGGGCUCAGAAUUCCCAUGAUGAGGACUACACAGAACCCUUGGAGUUUCACGUGGUGGUGAUGGAUGAAAACGACAAUGCACCUGUCUGCCCCCCAAGUGGUCCCUUGAUCAGCAUCCCUGAGCUCAGCCCCCCAGGCACUGAAGUGACUCAGCUGCUGGCAGAGGAUGCAGAUGCCCCUGGUUCUCCCAAUUCCCACAUUGUGUAUCAGCUCCUGAGCCCUCAGCCCAAGGAGGGGGCUGAAGGGAGAGCCUUUGAGCUAGAUCCCACCUCAGGCAGUGUGACCGUGGGGACUGCCCCCCUCCAAGCUGGCCAAGAUAUCCUGCUUCAGGUGCUGGCUAUUGACCUAGCAGGAGCAGAGGAAGGCCUUAGAAGCAUGUGUGAGGUCGCAAUCAUGAUCACAGACGUCAAUAACCAUGCCCCUGAGUUUACCACCUCCCAGAUUGGUCCUGUAAGCCUCCCCGAGGAUGUGGAGCCUGGUACUCUGGUGGCCACACUGAUGGCAACUGAUGCUGACCUUGAACCUGCCUUUCGCCUCAUGGAGUUUGCCAUUGAGGGAGGGGAUAAGGAAGGGAUCUUUGCCCUGGAUUGGGAGCCAGACUCUGGUCAUGUCCAACUCAGACUCCACAAGAACCUCAGCUAUGAGGCAGUUCCCCACCACAAGGUGGUGGUGGUAGUGCGAAAUGUAGAGGAACUGGUAGGCCCAGGCCCAGGCCCUGAAGCCACAGCCACAGUGACUGUGCUGGUGGAGAGGGUGAUGCCACCCCCUAAGUUGGACCAAGAGAGCUAUGAAGCCAGUAUCCCAAUCAGUACGCCAGCUGGCUCCCUCCUGCUGACCAUCCAGGCCUUGGAUCCCAUGAACAGAACUCUCAGGUUCUCCCUGGUCAAUGACUCAGAGGGCUGGCUUUGCAUCGAGGAGGACUCUGGGAAGGUACGCACGGCUCAGUCUCUGCAGGGUGCCCAGCCUGGGGACACAUACACAGUGCUUGUGGAAGCCCAGGACACAGAUGAGCCAAGACUGAGCGCUUCUGCUACCCUAGUGGUUCACUUCCUGAAGGCCCCUCCUGCCCCAGCUCUGACUCUGGCACCCAUGCCUGCCCGAUACCUCUGCACACCCCGCCAGGACUAUGGUGUUGUUGUCAGUGGACUCAGUGAGGAUCCUGACCUGGCCAGUGUGCCAAGUCCCUACAGUUUCGCCCUUGGCCCCAACCCUACAGUGCAGCGGGAUUGGCGCCUCCAACCUCUCAAUGGUUCCCAUGCCUACCUCACCCUGGCCCUGCAUUGGGUAGAACCAGGUGAACAUGAAGUCCCUGUGGUUGUCAGCCACAACGCCCAGACAUGGCAGCUCCUGGUCCAAGUGAUUGUGUGUCGCUGCAAUGUGGAGGGGGAGUGCAUGCGCAAGGUGGGCCGCAUGAAAGGCAUGCCCACGAAGCUGGUGGCCAUGGGCACCCUCCUGGGCACUCUGGCAGCAAUAGGCUUCUUCCUCAUCCUCAUCUUCACACACUUGGCCCUGGCAAGGAAGAAGGACCUGGAUCAACCAGCAGACAGCAUGCCCCUGAAGGUGGCCGUCUGAGUGAUCCAGGCAGCCCCAGCAGGAAGCUUGGACCUGGCUCCAACUGAAUCCACCGGGAAAGAUCCAGUACAUUCCUGAGGUGGAGGCACUAUCACCAGACAAAUCCCCAAAGGGAACCUCUGACUUUAUGGACUGCCCAUGACAGUACGCUAAAUGGCAACUCAUUGUCCAAUAAUAAACUUUAGAGAGUGGGGCUGGGCCCUAAACUA